AGGAAAGUUAUGGACAAUACUGUUAGCAGCAAUUUAACCUUGCAUGCUGCUUCUAAACAAAAGAAAAAUGGCAAUAGUUGUUUGGCUGACCGCAUGCAUGUAUGCGGUUAUUGCUCCAGAGCUUUUACACGCUCUGAUAAGCUCAAAAUGCACCUCAGAAUCCACACUGGAGAACGACCAUAUCAUUGUUUCUGCAGCAAGACCUUCACACGUCAGGACAAAUUUAAGCAACACUUGAAUAUUCACCCGCUUGUGGAAAUAUUGGAACAAAAGGAUAAUAUUGUUGCUCCAAAACAUGAUGCUUUGAUUCUUAAAAUUGUCAGGCAAGCUCAGUCAAUGGUGCCCCCAUGUUCUGAAAGUAGUCUCAAUAACUUUACCAAGAAAAUAGAGUGGCUAAAAAGUACUGCAAUUGAAGCAAAGAAACGACCUAGUUCAUCCAUCAAGAAUGAAUCACUGGCAAAACAAGUGCAAUUACCAAAUAAAUGCACACAACCAAAUGCAUCCUUGAAAGUUGCUAAGGUGACUAAUUCUAGUUUGCAUUCUAAAUUGCUUGAAAUGGACAACAUGUCCUCUACUUCAUUUGUGAAAGAAAUUAUAUCUUGUGAAAAAUGUGACUGUUCAUUUGAAUCUGAAAGGGCAUAUGUGAGUCACAUGAAAUCCCACAGUAGAAAUGAAGUUUUCAAAUGUUUUUGUGGAAGAGAAUUCAGAAGUUUGCGUUGGUUGGACAACCACAAACAGCGAGAAGGUUGUCUAAACCUCAAAGUUGAUUCAAUUCAAGUUUCCAACAGUGAAUCAAGUGGAUCUCUCAGUGUGUCAUCAGGAACGUCACUUCUCUCUAAAUCUGAUGACUGCUGUGUUGCUGAAGAGCAAUCGCCUGAAGAAUAUAUAAGGGUUGGUGAAAGUCCAAAUGCUGCACACAUCACUUCUGAAAGAGACCAGACUUUCCUGCAGCAUCAUCUACAGCCAGUUGCAAUGAUGAAGAGUCUCCAACAAAGCCUGAAGGAGAUAAAUCAAUCUGAACAAACUUUGAAUUCCAAUGAAAGCUCCAACUCACCCUUACAAUCUGACAAAACAGUUUCAGUUUUAUGUUUGAAUGAAAAUAAAAUAAAAGUUAAAAAUUCUGUUGGCUCUGAUAAUAUGAUUGAGGAUGAUAGCUGUGAACAGUCACUGCUUGAUCUGAUAUUAAAGUUGAAAAAGCAAGAUCCAGAGCUAACUGUAAGUGCAAAUAAAAAGUUUUCCUGUGAUUACUGCUUUAAAACAUUCAGCAAAAAGCACAAAAUGCAGAUUCACCGUCGAAUGCAUACCGGAGAAAAGCCAUAUUGUUGCACGCUGUGUGGCAAAGCCUUUUCACGAAAAGACCACAUGAUCAAGCACAUGAAUGUUCACUAUAAAUACAGACGGCAAGUAGAACCAGACAUGGAAUCGUCUGCUUCGGUUGAUUUUGUUUGCAAUGACCGAGGCGUAAGUGGUGAUCUUCCUGUGCAGUCUGCUUUGUAUGGAGUUUCUAUCAUGCAAGAGCAGCAGUCGGAGCUGCAGACCAAGCUGGCUGCACUCUCUGCACUGGCUAAAGCCUUUGAGAUACAAAACAAGGAGCGUAGCCAAGCAUGUAUGAAAAGCAUGGAAUUGUCAGGUGAAAACCUAAUUAAUAAUCACUCUCCCUGUUCUGGUUUUAAUAGAAAUUCUCAAGAAGAUUUCGGUUAUAAUAAUCAUGUGAAUGCGGACGCUAAAGACACUAAUUUAGUGUUAUAUUCAAAUACAAAAAUCGAGAGCGUGUCUGAUGGGAAAUACCAGUGCAGAAUGUGCAAUAAGAGCUAUCAUAAAGCUCGUGUAUUUCUGUCUCACUCUCAACUUGAACAUAAAGUGCAUGGCAACAGCAAGUUUACAUGCAGUAUAUGUGAGCGCGAGGUGUGGACCAGACGGCGCUUUGAAAUGCACGUUCUUGCUCACAGCGACUCUGAUGAUGAGUCUCCUCUUAUAAUUAGAAGAAGGAAAAAGAGAAAUGAAUCCAGAAAAAGCUCAGUAGCUGACAGGCUGUCCAGUACUUCUCUAAAUUUUCCCGAUACUGAUUGCAAAAAUUCUAGUGAUUUCAAAGAUUUUGACAUAAAAAAUGCCCUUCAUUGUUUCGGUGGCGGAGGUGGUCUAGGUCCAAGUUGGAAUGGCGAAAUCUUGCGUGAUCUCCUACAUCGUGUGAGCUUCACGGAACAAGUUCGAUUAGAUUCGAUAUUUUCUGGUGGUAGCCCUGAUACGUUGCCUCUUGAGACGAAUGUGACAUCGGCUCAUGAUGACUUUAGCUCCUUGACUACUGACGAAGGAUCGUGGCCUGCUGACUCCGGAUCCUUGCCUGCUGAUGCCGGAUCCUUACCUGCUGACGCCGACUCCUUGCCUGCUGACGCUGACUCCUUGCCUGCUGACGCCGACUCCUUGUCUACUGACGCCGGAUCCUUGCCUGCUGGCGCCGACUCCUUGCCUGCUGACGCCGACUCCUUGCCUGCUGACGCCGACUCCUUGUCUACUGACGCCGGAUCCUUGCCUGCUGAUACCGAAAGCGACUCUGGGCCUACCGACGGCACAUACGCCUUCCCUGCAGAUAGUCCCAGUUGCACAUCGCCUCGCGAUGGAGCCGUGCUUGCAGCCACUGGUAGCAGUUCUGUAAACAUUUCUGGCUCUCGUACCACUGAAGAAGAUGAACAUAUAGAAAAUAGCAAUGACACCAUUCCAAUGAGCACCCCAUUUCCAAAAGCAUUUUCGAUAGUGAGUUGUAACCGAAACAUCGAACAAAUACUCGAAAAUCAUAGUCUUUUGGAUCGUCUUCUUCAUGAACCGCAUGUUGCGGGUGAUGCUCCCGAGUGUGCCGACACCCUGAUGAGAGUAGAGGAUUACCUUGCAAUUCUGAGGGCUCCUGAAAACCUUGCGACUGACGCCAAAAUCGCGGCGGCAAAAGAUGACGUUUAGAUUAUCUUGAUCCGGCUCGAUUAUUUCACGAAUUUUCACGUGAGAAUAUAUAUGUUAUCUUUCGUGACUUAACCUACUUAUUUAGCGAUGCGAAUAAUUUAAAACCUAUUAUUGUUGUUGUCUAAAAAAUUAUAUAAUUUUGAAAAAUAGUAAUUUCUUUCCAUAUUAUUCGUUUUUAGCUGGUCUUGAUGUAAUAUCCGU